AUGGAAGCUGAAUAUGUUGCUGCUUGUGAAGCGGCAAAGGAUGUUGCUUGGCUCAAGAAAUUCCUUUCUGAUUUUGGUGUUGUGAGAAUGGAGCAAGUUCCUAUCACAUUGUUUUACGAAAAUAGCAGAGCGGUUGUACAAUCCAAAAAUCCAAGGAAUCACAAGAAAGGAAAGCACAUUGAGAGAAAGGAAGCUGAUAUUGAUUCUGAUGAGGAGGUGGAAGAGCGAAGGAAAGGGUUUGCAGCGGUGAAACUCUCUAAAGACGUGAAACAUCGUAUUAGAGCGGUUUGGGCAUCAUCUCUCAUUGUCAAAGUGUAUGGGAGGUUCGUGGGGUUCAACUAUAUCCAAGCCAAACUCAAUGCUCUUUGGAAGCCUACAGGUAGUUUGGAUAUUAUUGAUCUAGGGAAGGAGUUUUUCCUAACACACUUUUGCUGCAAAGAAGACCACAAUAAGAUAGGGAAUACCAUAGGUAAGAUCCUCAGGAUCAAUACUCACACCACGACUGAAGCAAGGGGUCGGUUUGCUAGGCUCUGCGUACAGGUGGAUAUUGACAAACCUUUGGUGACUAACAUACUUAUUGGGGGUCUCCAUCAGUUUGUCAAUUACGAAGGAGUCCAUAGGCUCUGUUUUUCAUGUGGCCGGAUUGGCCAUUGGAGGAAUGCUUGCCGCUACGUUAUUCGGAGUCCGGCCAAGGCAAACAAGGAUGCUGAAGUGAGGGAGGACGUCCAGGUCAGCAACUCACACGUUGAGUGUGAUGUGGUGGACCCCAAGCAAGGGGAUGCAACUCGGUUAACUGAGCAAGAGGACAACUAUGGUCUGUGGUUGGUGGUCACUAGAAAACAAUAA